GAACAUUAAUUUUUGUUGAAGGAAGAAAUGGAGAAGGGAGAUCCAAAGCCGACAGUGACAGAAUCGUUCCCAAUGUCCGGAGGCGAUGGAGCUCACAGUUACGCUCGCAACUCUUCCUUACAAAGAGGAGGACUAUUCAAUGCUCUGAACAAGAGCCGAGAAGCUAUCUUGGCGAAUCUCGAUCUUCGAAACCCUAAUUUCGAUCGUAACAACAACAUCGUGAGAAUCGCGGAUUUCGGCUGUUCCGUUGGGCCCAACACGUUCGAUGCCGUCAAGCACAUCAUCGACACCGUCAAACUCAGGUUCCGACAAGAAGACGAUGUGGACGACGACCUCCAAGAUCUCGAGUUCCAUGUUUUCUUCAACGAUCAAUCCAACAACGAUUUCAACACCCUCUUCAAAACCUUACCCAAGAACGAAAACUGUUUCGCGGCGGGAGUUCCCGGCUCGUUCUACGGCCGGGUAUUCCCUAGGAACAGCCUCCACAUCGGCCACACUUCCUACACGCUCCACUGGCUAUCCCGAGUCCCCGGAGAAAACAUCGGAAAACAGAACUCUCCGGCUCACAAGGAACAGUUCGAGAAAGACAUAGAGAAUUUUCUUGAAGCGAGAUCCGAGGAACUUGUCCCCGGAGGACUGAUGAUCGUCUUGGGACUGUGUAUCUCCGACGGCGUCCCCUUCGCCCAAACCGGGAAGGGUAUCGUCAUGGAGAUCUUCCUCGGCUGCCUGAUCGAUAUCGCCAAGGCGGGAAUAAUAAGCGAGGAGAAGGCGAAAACGUUCAGCUUUCCGAAAUACUUCCCGCAUUUCAGCGAAGUGAAGGAAGCGAUGGAGCGGAACCGGCGAUUCAGCGUGGAGAUGAUGGAGGAGAUAAAGCACGCGUACGAGGAUGUUGACGUGGGCCACGAGCUCGUUGUCUCGGUUUACAGAGGACUCUACCAUGGAGUCUUGGUCGAACAUUUCGGAGAAAGUUCGGUCGAUGUGCUAUUCGACCGAUUUGCCGAGGAACUGACCAAAUGCCCUCUCGACGAUAUAAAGAAGACGGCGAGCGAUAGGGAAUACGUUAUCGUACUUAGGCGAAAUUUGGUCUGAUGAUUUCGGUUAUAUAAUAACAGCACUCGUGUUGGUUUUUUGUUUCUAUACAUAUAUAUAUAUAUAUACCGUGAUAUCGAUUUCAGAACGUUAUUCUUGGAAAUAUUAAAUCGGUAUUGUUGUCUUUUACUUA